ACGGCUGUAGGAAUCGCUCGGUCCCUCUUGACGGGGCGUGCUCUAUCGCGUAAGACACAUCUGGCUCGCGGCUCGCGAUCUUCUGUACGAUGUGCCAGUUCCUCCCCCGACCCCAGCACCCGCACGGCGUAUUAUCGUAGCAGGCAUGGGCAACUACAACAACCCAUGCUUUCCGACGCUCAAAGACACACCAUAUACGCGCUCUCAACGCCCCCGGGAAAGGCGGGCGUCGCAGUCAUACGAAUUUCCGGGCCCGAUGCGCUUAGUGUAUGGCAGGGGAUGGUGAAGACCGCUGGGACACACUACGAACUCAUGGGCCCGAGCCCGAAACCUUGGAGGAUGCAGCGAUGCAGAGUCGUAGAUCCUGUGGACGGAGAGGUCCUGGACGACGGACUUGCCGUGUUUUUCAAAGGGCCACGGUCCUUCACCGCUGAGGACACGCUCGAGCUACAUAUUCACUCCGGUCGCGCCGUCAUCAAGGCUGUUCUCGGCGCGUUGGCCACCUUCCCGGCUCUGCGCCCGGCCGAACCCGGCGAGUUCACUCGGCGAGCGUUCGAAAGCGGCAGGUUGGACCUCACGCAGGUGGAAGGGCUGAGAGACCUCAUCGAUGCGGAGACCGAGGGACAAAGGAAAUUAGCAACCAGGGUCGCCAGGGGUGAUAUACGUGUCGGGUAUGAGAGACUUAGAGGAGACAUCAUACAUUGCUUGGCAAUGGUGGAGGCUCUGAUUGAUUUUGGCGAGGGGGAAGAUAUCGAGGAUGGUGUGUACGAACAAGCCAGACAACGUGCGUCGGAACUUCACACGAACAUUCUGAACCUUCUCUCCGACAACCGCAAAGGAGAGAUCAUGCGUUCGGGCGUGCGAGUCGUCAUCUUCGGACCACCUAACGUCGGCAAAAGCAGUUUCCUCAACUAUCUAGCACAACGAGAGGCUGCCAUCGUGACGCACAUCCCUGGUACAACACGCGAUGUCUUGGAGUUGUCCCUCGAUAUCGGUGGAUUACCGGUGGUAGUCGCUGAUACCGCCGGCGUACGACAAACGGAAGAUGCUGUGGAAAGUAUUGGAGUGGAUCGGGCGAAAGACGCGGCACUGAAAGCAGAUGCAACGGUUUGUGUCUUAUCCCUACCGGACCUUAUGGCGGAUCACGCGGCCGAGGCAGGCUCCUUACAAGUGCCGGAUGCCGUCCGGUCAUUGGUCAAGCCAGACACGAUCUUCCUGCUUAACAAGGCGGACACCGUGGAAGGUAACACGCUCAGCGAUUAUCUGUCCGCAUUCCCUGCUGGGCGGACCUGGUCGUGCAGCGUCAAGACAGGUGACGGAAUGAAAACUUUCAUGGAUGGACUCACGGAGAUUCUGAGGGAAAGAUACGACGUGUUACGAACCGACCAACAUUCUAACGACUUGCUCAUUACGCAUGCACGCCACCGUGUGCAUCUCGAAUCGGCGCUGCAGUUCCUUCAGGGCUUCCUCGACACUCCACCGGAAGACGUGGUCCUUGGAGCCGAGGAAUUGCGUUAUGCUGCGCAGGCCAUAGGGAAGAUUUCCGGUCUCAUCGACGUCGAGCAUGUUCUAGACGCCGUCUUCAGCGAGUUCUGCAUCGGGAAGUAGAUACUAGCACCUGAGUACAUCCUCGCGUCACAUAUGACCGCUAUUCUGCAUAGCUGCCCACCAUGCACCCAUACUUCUGGACCACCCUUAUAUCGACCUUACGCAUAUCGUGUUAUAUAAUACAAUUAUGUGGCGCAGUCGCCUGUAAUGAUAAUGCAAUACAUCUUCAAUCCAGAUUAUUACGUCUCGAAAGCGUUGAUCACCGAGCUGAAGGCGGGCUUCGCGACGUAGUUGUCGUCGAAGAGCAAAGGCUUAUCAUUGCCGGGGAAUGUUCCCGGUGCAGGGAAAUUGACCCAGCUGUAAAUGUCUCCGAUGCC